UAAGUUUGCUUUAAAAAAAAUACACUGAGGUGAAUUUAAGACUGAAGUCCUCCUUUAAAUUGAGUCAUUGAUAAUAGAUAAAGUUUCAUCAAACACACCAGGGACGUACAUGUAGUAGGCCUACCUGUCGUGUCAGAUUAGGCCUAACGUAUAAGUAAGAGGACCAGGCAAUGAAUACUGAAUAAUGAUUUCGAGAAAUUGCAAUGAUUGUUAGAUUUUUAAAGAGGACACUCUUUGCAUACCCACGCACACCUACUUUACUCGUUAAAAAGAUGGGGGAUGCCAAGGUUAGAGCUCUAUGUGAUGAAUUCUGGGAAUGGAGAAUGCGCCAGAGUCCUGUGUUUGCCUCAUACUGUGGAGAUCAGAGAUAUUCUCAUUUGUUGGAUGAUAUCGAACCAGACGCCUUCCUUGAGUUUGAGAAAGAUGUAUCCAAGCUUUUAAAGAAAGCAGAUGACAUUCAGGUAAAGGAUUUAUCAAAACCUGCCAGAAAUGAACUCUUACUUGUGAAGGACCAGAUGCAGACAUUUUUGGCUGGAAUGAAGCACAAGGGUUGGUAUUUUCCAAUCAACUUUAUGGAUGGCUUGCAUGCAGAUAUUCCUAAAGUUAUGAGUAUGUGUCCAACCAGGACAGAGGAAGACUUCAGAAAUCUGAAUAUAAGAAUUGAAGGUUAUGGACAAAAAGCAAAGUCUUGUAUACAGAUUUUGAAGGAGGGAGUGAAAAAUGGAUAUGUUUGCCAUCUGUACUCAAUAGAGGGAGUGCCAGAUCAGAUCUAUAACAUGAUCAGUGCUGAGCUUAGUCCAGAAAAAGAUGCCUUUCUUUCUCCAUACAAAAAGGUCCCUGCAGGAUCCAUAGAAACUUCUAUAAAAGAUAAACUUUUAGCAGAAGCAAAGGAGACUGUCCAAAAGGUUGUGAAACCAGCAUUUAAAGAACUGGCUGAAUAUAUAGAAAAUGAUUAUAUGAAGCACACGCGCUCUGAUAUAGCUGCUUCCUCUCUUCCUAAUGGCCAGGAGCUGUAUCAGGCAUGUCUGGAUUUUCAUCUUUCUCUGUCAAUGACUCCAAAGGAAGUCUUUGACAUUGGUAAGGAGGAGGUAGAAAGAAUCACAAAGGCGAUGAAGAAGAUUACCCAGGAGGAAGGCUUUGGAACAGACAUUAAGAAGUUUAAAGAAGAUAUUUUCAAAAGAGAUGAGUUCCACUUUAAAACCCCUGAAGAGCUAAUAGAUUAUGUAAAGCAGAUAUGUUUUGAGAAAAUUCAACCAAAGUUACCUCUUUUAUUUAAGGAAUUCCCAAGCUCAAAAUUGAAAAUUGAGCCUUCUCCGCCCCUGAUGGAUGGUGGUGCAUUGGCAUUCUACUUCAGUGGGUCCCCUGAUGGCAGUCGACCUGGUGUGUACUAUAUCAGUACAUCUAACUUACCAGGAAGUCCAAAAUAUGAACUAUCAGCUUUGUCUUUACACGAAGGAGAACCUGGGCAUCAUUUCCAGGGAAUGACUUCCAUGGAAAUGAAAGAUAUCCAUCAAUUCAGAAGAGCACACGAGGACCUGCACUAUGCUUGGGUCCCUUCCAGAUUUCCACUGUAUACUGCAUAUUUGGAGGGUUGGGGACUGUACUGUGAGUAUUUGGGAGAAGAACUUGGUUUAUAUGAAGAUAACUACACUUUGUUUGGAAGGUACUGUUUUGAGAUUUUGAGAGCUGUUCGUCUAGUUGUGGAUACAGGGAUCCAUGCCUUUGGAUGGACUUUUGAGGAGGCCCUGAAUUACAUGAAAGAGAAAAUCUUCAUGGAUGCCAAAAGUUUGGAGAAGGAAUGUAAAAGAUAUGUUACUUUACCAGGACAAGCAUGUGCCUAUAAAAUUGGUGAAAUCAAACUUAAGCAGUUGAGACAGAAAGCCAGUCAAGCAUUAGGAGAACGAUUUGAUGUUAGAGAAUUCCACUCUGUGGUCUUGAGAUGUGGGGCAGUGCCACUUAAUUUUCUGGAGCAAAAGGUUGAUGAGUACAUCAAGGAAACACUGGUGACUUAAGCAUCUUUAGAAAAUGGAUGCUUAAAAUAUGAUAAUCAGACUUUUUUCUUCAACAUGAAAACAUUUACUUCUCAAAUCUCUUCUGUUUUUUCUACUUGUUCUGAUUCCACAUUUAAUAUUGACAUCUAAAUUCAAAAUUAUCUGUUCUCAUAUCUGUGGAAUUUCUUUUUAAAAAAUAUGAUUUAACUCUGAAGUUGUGAAGAGAUAAACAAUUCCACACUGUUUGAAGUAGGAACAAAUUUUUAUUUCAAAUUAAGCUAAACAGGCAGAAUUAAUAAUAUAUAGUACUUUGUCAGAUUAAAAUUCUAUGUAUGCAUCAUUCGAAGAUUUUCCUAUCUUAUGUGUUUGAUAUUUGUUAUAUCGUUAUGUCAAUGGUGUGUACAGAAUGAUUUUGAAAUGUUUAAUUGCCUAGGUAUAUUACAUUUAAGGACAGAUGAUACAAACAACUUUUAUCAAAAAUCCUGAAAAUAACAACAUAAGUUAUAUUUAUAUGAGUAAAAUGAAUAAGUUUAACCGCUCAGAUUUUAAUUUUUCAUUCAAGGUUUCACAAUUAGGGGAUUUUAAGUGACAAAAAUUGUAUAGAUUAAUAAGGAUGGCUGCAGAAAGGUUGGAUUUUGGACAUCAUAGAAGGUUUACAAAUUCUUAAUAUUUUAGAAAUUUAUUAGUCACCUCAUUUACAACCAAAAUAGGUAAAAAAAUUAUACCAAUCCAGGCAUUCAUAUUUUGUUUGUAUCAUCUGUCCUUAAAGACAUAUAAAUCUAUCCUGAAUAAAGGUCUUAUUAUUUCA